CAAUGUUUUUAUUAAUGUCAUAUAUAUAUAUUUUUUUAUAUAUACUUUUAGUACUAAAGCCGGUACUAAUUGCCUCUAAGAUGUUUUUAAGGCUAUACAACGGCCAUUAUACAAUCCCCAUCAUUAUCAAAACUAAACUUAAUUUGGCUUAGUUCAAUGGGGGUCAUUACUGUAUCAUCCGGAAACUGCCUUCCACUCCACUCCAUAUCCUCCACUUCUGCAAUGGACCGUUGUGCUGUUACAUCCGGAGGUCUUACACCAACAGCAGCAGGUCUUGAGGCAACAAUAGCUGGUCUGGAGCCAAUAACAGCUGGUCUGGAGGCAACAGCAGCAGGUUUGGAGGCAACAAUAGCUGGUCUUGAGCCAAUAGCUGCUGGUCUGGAGGCAACAGCAGCAGGUAUGGAGGCAACAAUAGCUGGUCUGGAGCCAAUAACAGCUGGUCUGGAGCCAAUAACAGCUGGUCUGGAGGCAACAGCAGCAGGUAUGGAGGCAGUAAUAGCUGGUCUUGAGCCAAUAACAGCUGGUCUGGAGGCAACAGCAGCAGGUCUGGAGGCAACAAUAGCUGGUCUUGAGCCAAUAGCAGCUGGUCUGGAGGCAACAGCAGCAGGUAUGGAGGCAACAAUAGCUGGUCUGGAGCCAAUAACAGCUAGUCUGGAGCCAAUAACAGCUGGUCUGGAGGCAACAGCAGCAGGUAUGGAGGCAGCAAUAGCUGGUCUUGAGCCAAUAACAGCUGGUCUGGAGGCAACAGCAGCAGGUCCUGAGGCAACAAUAGCUGGUCUGGAGCCAAUAACAGCAGGUCUGGGGCCAACAGCAGCAGGUCUGGGGCCAACAGCAGCAGGUCUGGGGCCAACAGCGGCAGGUCUGGGGCCAACAGCGGCAGGUCUGGGGCCAACAGCGGCAGUUGUUCUCCUCCUUUCCUCAACUCCAACUAGACUGAAAAACACCAGGCUCAGGGCCAGAAGGCGGAGGAGGGUCUGCGCUCACAGGCGGAGGAGGUCCUGCGCUCACAGGCGGAGGAGGUCCUGCGCUCACAGGCGGAGGAGGUACUGCGCUCACAGGCGAAGGAGGUCCUGUGCUUACAAGUGGAGGAGGUCUUGGGCUCACUGGCGGAGGAGGUCUUGCGCUCACUGGCGGAGGAGGUCUUGCGCUCACUGGCGGAGGAGGUCUUGCGCUCACAGGCGGAGGAGGUCAGACAAAAUGGGUCUCUCUAUGACCUUGACGUGAAUCCAGCUAAGUUAUACUGUGGUGUCCCAGAAGGAUUUGGGCUUACAGGUGGAGGAGGUCUUGGGCUCACAGGCGGAGGUGAUCUUGGGCUCACAGGCGGAGGAGGUCGUGCGCUCACAGGCAGAGGAGGUCGUGCGCUCACAGGCGGAGGAGGUCCUGCGCUCACAGGCAGAGGAGGUCCUGCGCUCACAGGCAGAGGAGGUCCUGCGCUCACAGGCAGAGGAGGUCCUGCGCUCACAGGCAGAGGAGGUCCUGCGCUCACAGGCAGAGGAGGUCCUGCGCUCACAGGCAGAGGAGGUCCUGCGCUCACAGGCAGAGGAGGUCCUGCGCUCACAGGCAGAGGAGGUCCUGCGCUCACAGGCAGAGGAGGUCCUGCGCUCACAGGCAGAGGAGGUCCUGCGCUCACAGGCAGAGGAGGUCCUGCGCUCACAGGCAGAGGAGGUCCUGCGCUCACAGGCAGAGGAGGUCCUGCGCUCACAGGCAGAGGAGGUCCUGCACUCACAGGCAGAGGAGGUCCUGCACUCACAGGCAGAGGAGGUCCUGCACUCACAGGCAGAGGAGGUCCUGCGCUCACAGGCAGAGGAGGUCCUGCACUCACAGGCAGAGGAGGUCCUGCACUCACAGGCAGAGGAGGUCCUGCGCUCACAGGCAGAGGAGGUCUGACACAACAGGUAUCUCUAUGACUGUGACCGAAACGUGAAUCAAUGUAAGUGAUACGGUGGUGUCCCAAAAGGUCCUGCGCUUACAAGUGGUAGAGGUCUUGGGCUCACUGGCGGAGGAGGUCUUGUCCUCACAGACGAAGGACCACCCCUCAGGAAGUUGCCUUUGUGUGGCAACGGAACGCGUGGGGACUCUGGUGACCCCGUUCUCCCUCACUCCAUUAAUCGCUACCUGGCCUGUGAUGUCUGGUUCCAUGUGGUUUGUUAUUCUACAUAGUUGCAGUGUAGUCAUUAUAUGGUAUUCGUAUGGAUAUGGUGUAUUGCAUACUUGAUAUUAUUGUUACCUGCAUGCGAACUACAGACCUGACACACAGGUCGUUUAUUGUAUCAUUGAGGGCGGGUGUCAGGUUAGGAGAGGUGGUUCAUGGCCCCUCCCCUAAGUUGUGUGCUGGCUUUAGCAAGCCAGGGAUUUUAAUGCUUUUAAUCUUCUCUUGUGUGCAAUUGUUUGUUUCUAAUACAUUUUGUAUCAAUAAAAUAUUUUUCUAAUGGAUCAUAUUGGGUGUGCUACCAUUUAUCGGUGAUGGCUUUUUCUGGUUCUGGCACAGACGAAGGAGGUCUUGCGCUCACAAACAGAGGAGGUCUGACACAACAGGUAUCUCUAUGACUGUGACCGGAACGUGAAUCCAGAUCUAAGAGAUAAUGUUGACUUGCUCAGGAAAACCAAUUCAGCAAACAUGACGGAAAAUAAACUUUUGAAGCCUUCAACAAAAGCCAAUAAUUAUAAGAAGAGGAAAUGGAGGCGAUGCCUACUGGUUACAGACACUGCUUCAAGGGACCAUUACAGGGCAGUGAUAAAGAGCAUGACCGGGAUAAGACAGAACUGGACUGAAUACCAAUGUGCCACUUAGACGUGGGUCUGUCAAUGGAAACAAUCCUGGCACCCAUCCUAGCCAACCCCUGCAUUGCGAGAAACGCGCUUCCCAGUUUCUAAUCAUUUCUGAGAAACAGAAUAUUGUGACCUUGAGAUUUCUCAACACUGAGGUUCCUUUAUCUGAAAAGCAUUUUGAUGAAAUAACAACCAGUUCAUUCAGAAAUAGUCUUCUCUGUGUGCAAUGAUGUGUAAUGCUGCGUUCAGCCUCCAAGAGGGGCGCACAGCAUGAGGAUACUGACAGUAAUUCAACCUGAAUUCAUCAUCUCCGGAGAUCCGUGUAUGCGGAGGACUUUUCCGAAUUCAGUGGACUAUGUCGAUGAAAAGCAUUUUUCUUUUGUUAUAUAUUAAUAAAAUGGCUAACGAGG